AGCGGUGAGACAAAGACAAUAUUAGGUAUUUUAUAAUAUAUAAAAUUAAUAUAUAGGUAUUUGUAACACCUUUUGAGGCACCAGGUGAUGCUAAUGUUUGCAACAGAGUGAAGCAGCAUCGCACUAUUUGUCAUCUUUGUGUUCUUUCGACAUGAGACCAUUUGGAACCCCGUUCUGCUGUGAUUUAAUUAAUUACAGUUAAAAUGAACGACUCUUCCGUCAACGACUUUGAAGACGUGGACUACGAGGUCCCCCUGGAUGAAAUCCCAGACACUACGCAGAGCCCCGCCUUCUUGGUGGCCAGCGUGGUCAUUGCGGCAGUCCUGGUGUGCAUCAUGGCGGUGUGCGGCGCGGGUAACUGCGCCUUCAUCGCCAACCUGGCGCGCUACAGGAAGCUCCGGAACUUGACCAACCUGCUCAUUGCCAACUUAGCCGUGUCUGACGUGUUGGUGGCGGCCGUGUGCUGCCCCCUGCUGUUGGACUACUACGUCCUCAAGCAGCUGUCCUGGGACCACGGCCUCCUCAUGUGCGCCGCCGUUAACUACCUGCGAACGCUCUCACUCUACGUGUCCACCAACGCCUUGCUGGCCAUCGCCGUGGACAGGUACAUGGUCAUCGUUCAUCCUCUGAAGCCUCGCAUGAAGCACCAGACCGCAUAUUGCGUCAUCAUGGCCGUCUGGGCGGUUCCGGUAAUGAUCUCCAUCCCGUCGGCGAUCAUGGCAUCAGAGACCUCCUACCCUCACAUGGGGGGCGGGGCCUCCAAGACGUUCUGCGCACAAAUCUGGCCUGUGGACCAGCAGCUCUUGUAUCGAUCCUACUUCCUGAUGGUCUUUGUGGUGGAGUUCCUGGCCCCCGUGAGCGUCAUGGCCGUCUGCUAUGUCCGCAUCUCCGCCGAGUUGUGGUUCAAGGACGUUCCGGGCUUCCAAACGGAGCAGAUUCGGAAACGUCUCCAGAAGCGGCGCAGAACGGUAGUGGUUCUGAUUCUGGUUCUGGUGGCCUACGUGCUGUGCUGGACGCCGUACUACAGCUUCGCCCUGCUGCGUGACUUCUACCCCACACUCAUCUCCAGGGACAGGAACUCACUGGUGGCGUUCUAUAUCAUCGAAUGCGUCGCCAUGAGCAACGGCGUCAUCAACACGCUCUGCUUCGUCAGCGUCAGACGCCGCGCUCAACGUCCCAAGAGACCCACCCGCUUCCGGUUGGUCUCUUUCGUGGCCCGCAAGUCCACAGACGGGGCCGAGGCACGAACCUCGUCCUUGAGGGUGACCGAGGAUGUGGAAGGAGCUCGGUCCAGGUAGGACUCCGGGUAUUGAUCUUAGCUAGGUCCAAGUUCUUGACGGGGUCCUGGACUUUUAUCAGCUGCUGUCUCCACGGCGACGUCGAGUCCUUAGUCGGGACACUUUCAGAAAUAUCCAGGUCUUUGGACUCGCCGCACGCCGCUCAUGUGGUCUACACUACGGUGGUCCUUGAUGAUCAUAACGAUUGACGAUGGUCAAUUAACGCUAUCAAUAGCGUAGCGAUGUUGAAGCUGCAGGUCAUGUGAGAAAGUGUUCUCGGGGGGACUUGUCAGCAAGGGUCAGAGGUCAGGGAAAUGUGGUGAGAGCCAAUGAAAACGCUUAUAAGCAAAUGACCAACGCAUACUAAGAAUAGUAUCAAAACCAA